AUGUUCCCAGUCUAUCUCCUCGUCCUGGUGUUACCGGGCAUCCUCCUCCUCGCCUCGUUUGUACGCAAUCACUUCUUCCACCCCCUGAGAAAAUUCCCCGGGCCGUUCUGGGCCGCACACACGGAUCUAUGGAGGGUCUACCACCUGUGGACCAAGCGGUUGCCGGACACCAUGGUGACGGUACACGAGAAGUAUGGGCCGGUCGUACGAGUGGCGCCGAACGAGCUGAGCUUCCAGAGCGUCGAGAUCCUUGACGAGGUCUACAAGGGCGGGCGGCGGUUCAUCAAGAGCAACAUGUACGACGGGUUCACGGCUUUCCACCCAAACUCAUUUGGCACCCGUGACGAAGAGCUGCACGCGAAGAGGCGUCGUCAGAUGGCGCACAGCUUCUCCAUCGCCUCCCUGUCGCAGAUGGAGUCCAUCUUCAACCGCCACCUCAACAACCUCAUCAACGCCAUUGCCGCACAGGGCGCGAAACCGUUUGAUCUGAAGAAUCUCAUCGGGUACUAUGCGUACGAUGUCAUGGGGGAGUUGGCCUUCCACGCGGACUUUGGAUCUCAAGAGGCCCAAGACCCGUCGAAACUGCCGCCGAUCAACGAGCACAUCUUCCUGGGCUGCCUGUUCGGCAUGCUCCCGUCCUUGCUGCCAUACAGCAUGAGACUGGCAAACUAUGUCCCGCUGCCGUGGCUGCAAACUCUCCUGAGGAGCAGGAAAGCGCUGAGGGACCAGACAUCAUCCUGCGUCGGCACCGAAAUGGCCCGAGAGAAGACCAGUGACAAGCACAGCAUCUUGACCAGGCUGAUCCGCGCAAAGGACCCCGAAACCGGUGAACGCUUGACGGAGAUGGCAAUCAGUUCAGAGGCAUUUGCGUUCCUGGUCGCGGGCUCACACACGACGUCGGGCACCUUGACUCUACUCUUCUACCACCUGUUGCACAACAAGUCCGCGGCAGAGAAGCUCACAGAGGAGAUCACGGCAUGUGUGCCCCUCCAAGCCACAGCUGGGGACUCCUUGCCGGCAUAUUCUGGAUUGGAAGCGCAGCUCCCCUACGCCACGGCCUGCAUCCGAGAGAAUUUCCGGAUGUCACCGGUUUUCAACAUGCCGUUACCGCGGAUCGUGUGUGAUCCCGAGGGUGCAGUGAUUGAUGGCAUCUACGUUCCCCCUGGGACGAACGUCUCGAUGGUCAACCACGUGCUGCACCACAAUGCUUCUGUCUGGGGCAUCGACCACGACGUCUUCAGGCCUGAGCGAUGGCUUGAUCCGUCAAAGCCACUGUCUCCUAAUGACCUCGCGCCUUUUGGUGCUGGCCAUAGAGCAUGUAUAGGCAGGAACGUGGCGACGAUGAGCAUCGUCAAAGUAUUGACAGCUGUCUGGCGUCGAUACGACCUUGAGGUCCUGGAUCCUACCGAGGAAUUGAUCGUGGAGAGCGUGGGAAUAGGGGAGAAGCAGGGACCCUUGAUGGUUAGGGCCAAAUUACGGGCAGAAUAG